GGGGCUCCCCGCUCGCUCCUCCCAUGUGUUGUGGGGCUGGAGGCAGCUCUGACCCCUCCCAGGGAGGGAGCUGGGCAGAGGCAGCCGAGUUUUUUCAGCAGAGCCUGAUCAGGGACCUCAUCCUGCCAAACCACAUCCCUCCUGCUCCCAGCAGCCAGGAUCUCGCCGGGCGGCUUCGCUGAACCCCUGCGGGCACUGUCCUGUCCAGCUCGCCCCACCAAGGGACAGAGAUGGUGGCCACCUGCCUGCACCUGGCUGGAUUUGUCUGCAGUUUUAUAGGGUGGAUCGGGGUGGUUGUGGCGACGGCCACGAACGACUGGGUGGUGACCUGCGGCUACACCAUCACCACCUGCAGGAAGAUGGAUGAGCUGGGAUCCAAGGGGCUGUGGGCAGACUGUGUCAUGGCAACAGGUCUCUAUCACUGCAAGCCCCUCGUGGACAUCCUCAUACUGCCAGGGUAUGUCCAAGCGUGUCGAGCGCUGAUGAUCGCCGCCUCCGUCCUGGGCCUUCCCGCCAUAUUCCUGCUGAUAACGGUCCUGCCCUGCAUCCGGAUGGGCCACGAGCCUGGAGCAGCCAAGUACCGGCGGUCCCAGCUGGGAGGGAUCCUCAUCAUCCUCCUGGCCAUGUGCGGUGUCGUCGCGACGAUCUGGUUCCCGGUGUGCGCCCACCGCGAGACCACCAUCAUGAGCUUCGGCUACUCCCUGUACACGGGCUGGAUCGGCUCUGCCCUCUGCCUCUUCGGUGGCUGCGUCAUCGUCUGCUGCUCGGGAGAUGCCCAGACGUUCGGUGAGAACCGCUUCUACUACGGCUCGGGGUCCAGCUCCCCCACCCACGCCAAGAGCGCGCACGUGUAACCGCCCCGGGGACGCCCCACGGCUGCCGUCGGAUGCUUUGGCUGGUCUCGGCUCUGGCACAGUUGGGGAGAGAGGAUAGGGAGGAAGGCUGUCCUCUCCCACCGGGCGAAUGUUUCUCUUUUGGAACAAGAGGAGGGGACUUUUCUGCCUUUCUCUGUAAAUACUUUUGUAUGAGUUUCAUCAUUUUAGUAACAGUAUUUCCCCCACCCCCACAGUCAUCAGUAUGAAGGAAACCGAACCCAAAGGUCCUAAUGACGCGGUAGAUAACAGUGCCUUUUCAAAUAGUUAUAAAUGACUCUGGGGGCUCUUAUCCCCACUCUCUGGUUCAGUUUCUUAUCUUUCUUUUGUACAGAUCAAUUACUAAAAAUGUAUUUUUACAUUUUUUUAAACUCCUCGCUUUCCUCCUCUAAGUUUGUGUUCUGUAUUGCCUCGUUAAAGCACCACAUUUUAACAUGCAGUAUAAUGUACCUGUUACAAUACAAUUCUGGUGAGUACUGAUGAUGCCUUUGUACUUUCAGUGAAAUACUGUACAAUAAAUAACAGAGUACCUGCAA